CAUUUUCUUAACAACCUCGGCUUUAUAUAAAGAAAGAUCUUCUUGCGACGAAUCUAAUAAAUCGAAAUCAUCCCUAGGAAACCCUAAGUCGCUAGCUCUUACGUCUCUCUCUCUCUCUCGUUCAAGAUGCAAAUUUUCGUGAAAACUCUAACCGGCAAGACCAUUACUCUCGAGGUCGAGAGCUCCGACACUAUUGACAACGUCAAGGCUAAGAUCCAGGACAAGGAAGGCAUUCCUCCGGACCAGCAGAGGCUCAUCUUCGCCGGUAAGCAGCUUGAGGAUGGGCGCACGCUCGCUGACUACAAUAUUCAGAAAGAGUCUACGCUCCACCUCGUGCUUCGUCUCCGCGGUGGUAUGCAGAUUUUUGUCAAGACCCUCACCGGCAAAACCAUUACUUUGGAGGUUGAAAGCUCAGACACAAUAGACAAUGUCAAGGCGAAGAUCCAGGACAAGGAAGGGAUCCCACCAGACCAGCAGAGACUCAUCUUCGCUGGGAAACAGCUUGAGGAUGGUCGCACUCUUGCGGAUUACAACAUCCAAAAGGAGUCUACGCUCCAUCUUGUGCUUCGUCUUCGUGGUGGAAGCUUCUGAGCUUGUUGAUCUGUGUGUGUGGUCAAAAAGUGGUGUUCUUUGAGCUUUUAUUAAUGCACUUUGGGAGUUGAUCUCUGUUUGCUUCUGCAAAAAUGGAUCGUCUGUGUCAAUGUUUGUUUCAUUUUAUGUUUUUUUCUUUAUUUUCUUUUCGUUGUGAACCUUUCGGUUGGGCUCGUAAUGCCCCUUUAUGUUUGAAGGUUAAAUAAUAAUCCAAAGUGCAUUAUCAAC